CAACAGGUUAUCGUGUCUUUGAUGGUGUAUAAAUGUGGUCAUAGCAAGCGGAAACUGGCGGAAACGACAUUGAUUUUUAUUUCUUUUCAUAGAGAUUUUUGUAACGACACGUUGUUAAUACCAACGAGCAAAGAUGCAGAUUUUCGUCAAGACACUUACAGGAAAAACAAUCACCCUCGAGGUUGAAGCUUCUGACACAAUCGAAAAUGUCAAAGCUAAAAUUCAAGACAAGGAAGGAAUCCCACCAGAUCAACAACGUUUGAUCUUUGCAGGAAAGCAAUUGGAAGAUGGACGUACACUUUCAGAUUAUAACAUUCAGAAAGAGUCAACCCUCCAUUUGGUACUCCGUCUUCGUGGUGGUGACAUUGAGCCAAGUCUUAAACUUCUUGCUCAAAAAUUCAACUGCGACAAAAUGAUCUGUCGUAAAUGUUAUGCUCGUCUUCAUCCAAGAGCAACAAAUUGUCGUAAAAAGAAGUGUGGACACACCAACAACAUCCGCCCAAAGAAGGUCUUGAAGAAGUAGAUAAUUUUUUGUCUAUCAAACAUUAUAUCACAAAGAAAAAAGCUAGAGUAUUUGUUGCUUUUUUGUCAACAUCUGAAUAAUUGUUUGUGACAAUUCAAAUAACUAAUAAAUCAAGCUUAAACUUA